AUGAAACAGGGUGUCCCGAUCGCACUCCUCUCGUCCGAAGCUGCCGAUGCGCGCCUUAAACGUUUGGGGCUCGACUCGUGGAGUGGACUCUUCUAUCCGUUUGCUGAGAUCAAUUUCAACAUAAAGGAACCCGCUAAUGGAAAUGUGCUCAACGGGAAAGCGCGGCUCGACUUUCGCGAUCUCCGGAAACAAGGAUAUCUGCUUUCGUUGACCGUUUUGCUGCCAACAUUGCAAGAAGCUCUCCUCGCCUGCUCAUCACUUGACGAAUGUCAGAAGAAAUUUCAACACUAUUUCUCGCGUUUCGUCGAACCGAACGAGUACGAAACUUUCCGAACGUAUGUGGCUUGCGUUUUCCUCGUGGCCGGAUGUGAGGAGAAACCGUUGGGCGAGCUGAGCAGCCUCAUUCAAUUACAGAAUACACAACAGCACGGCACAUCGGUUGAGGGAAACGUUUUGGCUCCAUCACAUUGCGCGCCGCCAAAGUGGAGAGCGCCGAACACGUUGAAACACUACUUUUGCUUGCAUGACUGUGUGCAAGACGAUGAAACGAGAACCCAGGAAACCUUUCGACAACUUUGCGCAACGUACGGCGCUGAUUCGUGUCACUUGCUGAGGAUCGGGAGUGAGAAUGGACAAGAUUCGAUUGAUGUCUGGAGUGAAGUGAUCGAAGAGACGGAGAUUUUACAAAGGGGACUUUCGCGAGCUCGAAGCACUUUACUGAACAAGUCGACCAGUGAAAAUAAGGAGAAUGCGAACGCUUCGAUUUCCACGAUUUCACCGGGUUUCGUCAUUACGGGUUCGACAAAUGGUUCAGAAAAUUUGGUAAACAAUGUGAAUCAACAAUUUCAACCAUUAACAAAUAGAAAAAUAACGAUAGGCGAUCAUGAGGUACUUCGAGCAACGCUGCAGGAAUUCACCGAGAAAAAUUUGAUUCCCUACAUCGAACGUUUAAUGCGCUCCUUGCAAGAAGCGGUGAGUCAACGACGAGGAAUCCCACGGAGUCUCAAGGCGAAUAUGAAGAAAUGGUUUGCAACGCCAGCGGUUGCACAAACGGCUAUCGUUUCCUAUUCAAAUGAGAGUGUCGAGAUGCAGAGCCGCCGACUGGCCGAUCUUUUCUUCGAGUUUGGCCUCUACGAGAAAGCUCAUCAACAAUAUCAGAGCGUAAAGAAAGAGUUCGCCCACGACAACGCUUGGGCCUAUCAUGCAGCUGCUUUGGACAUGUCAUCAUACGCGUUUUUUCUGUCGAAUCCCGGGAUGCUGGCGAAGAAUUUCCCCGUCCGCUACUUCGAGAACGCGUUGACGCAUUUGUUGACAACGAAUGUCCGCUACACCUGCCCACUCCGUUGUGUUCUGCAAGCGUUUGAGGUGUUGACAAGGCUAGAGUUGAAUGUCGAAGCGGCCAUGCAACUUGUGAGGAUCACUCAAAUGGAUGUCGACAAUUUCGUGGCUGUUUGUCUUUCAAUGGCCGCCGUUGCUUUUGAGCGAGCCCGAAUGGAUCGGAAAGCCGCAUUUUACCGUGUCCUUGCUGGCAAUCGCUUCAUGAAAGCUCUUCUACCCCGGUUGGCCAUUGAAUGCUACCGAAUGGCUCUCUCGCAGUAUUUUGAGAAGAAUUGGGAUCAUGCCGAGGAUUUCUUGGCGUUGGCGAUUUCCCGAGAGUGUGACGAGCGAAAGAUCUCAUUCGCGUGUGCGACGCGGUUAUUGCGAACCGGUGAUCACCAGAAUUCUCAUCAACAAGCCGAGUAUUUGAGUCAUUUCGUGGCCACUGUUAAGAGAUUCUCCCUUGAUGCCAAAGAACGAGUACAUCUACGGCUUCCGCUCAUCGAUGCCCAAGCGACGACGGUUGUUUGCGGGGAACGACCGAGCAGUCAAACGGUUUUGAGGAAUCGUUUGGAUGGUGAAGAAGACCGAGAUGAGAAGGAACAUCAGUGGGAAGAGAUACAACGAGCCGCCUAUCAUUCGUUGGCAGGUCCAUCAUCCGCUUUUCAAUACAUUUGCGUGGUGUCGGAUCAAACGACGAACAAUACUCGGAUUCGACAAACGCCAGCCGGGGAACGAUUUCGAUUGAUGGUUCGGUUGAGGAAUCCGUUGAGUAUCCCACUAUGCCUCCAGAAUCUCAAAGCGGCUGUGGUUGAUGUGAAAUUGAGAGAGAAUCACCCGCCAUCAUCCGUAGCGCAUUUUGAGGAGAUCUCAGUGUGUGAAGAGGUGACGAUCGAGGCGACGAGUGAAAAGAUGGUCGAGUUAUAUCUGCGCCCAUCGGCGGCAAUUGCGCAUUUCCGUGUGAGCGGCAUCGAACUGGACUUGGUUGCGACGGGAGAUGAGAAGGAGGCGAUCACGCGCGUGCACGGAUUCUUGCCGAUUGCUUUGCGUGGACCACGCUUGAAUAAACAGGCUGAUCAUAAACUCAACAUUGUCUACUCGGAGGAUCGUCGCUUGGAGGUGAACGUCUCGGCGUCGAAAUGGCCACUUUUGGAUGUGGAAAUGGAGCGACCGCUGCCGGAAUACGUCUUCUGUGGACAAGCCGUGAGAAUCGUGUUGAAUGUGGAAAACAUUGGCGACGAGGCGAUUAGCGGCUUUUGCAUUGCGACUGAUGGAGUGGAUUGUUGUUCGGGAGGUAUAUUUGAUCAAAAUGGUCUCCGCUUGGUGCAACCGUCGUGCGUCUCCGAGAAUAACGCGCAAAUUCGUGUGCUCACUUUUCCUGGCGUUUCUUUGGCGAAUGGAGAUCGGAGGAGAGUUUUUGUCGACAUUCGUGCCCCUCAACAACCCUCGAAAUUCUCGGUAGGACUGCUCGUUUUCUAUCGCUCGUCGAAUGGAUCGUUUAGAGAGCAAAGGAUUCUGGUGCCACUCAAUUGUCGACCUCUUCUUUCUGCUCACGGCUGUUUACUCGAUCCAAUUCAUGGUUUGAUAUCGAUCGAUAUUCGAAAUCAAAUGCCUACAUCGGACGCGGCGCUGGCAAGGAUUGAUAUUUGCAGGAUUUCAUCUCAUUUGGUGCACAUGGAUAGAGAUGGGGGACUGGUGGAGUCGCGGGAGGCAUUGGCGCUACGACCGAUUCGUUUGAGGAGUGUUCAACUCGACUGUGCCCAAUCGGACUCUGUGUGCGUCUCGGUGACCGCCGCGUUUGCUGGCUCGAAUUCGUUGAUGUGGCUGACUUCGGAGAUCCCCGAUUGUCCGAUUUUCCCGCUUCCGCUCGCCUCUUUUGUGGACUGUGUCACUCAACGACCAACCCUUCUCAUUGCCGUUUUGUGGAAAGCCUCCAUCGUCAACAAUCAGGGACAGGUUUCAUCGAUCCUUGGCGAAUCAGUGGUGUUCGAUCCGUUUGCAGCGGCCGGUUUGCGAAUUCCCGGAAUCGCGUGGCCAAAAGAUGAAGAGGACUCGGACAAAUCGAGAGGAGUCUACAUUUAUGUGGGUCAUUUAGCACCGAUUGCACAUGAUUUUCGAGUGAAUAGAAUCUGCGAAUUCCCCGUCGAGUUGCACAUUCGAAAUGAUGAGAAUCGCGAUUGUGCGUUGACAUUUCGAUUCACCCCGAAGAUACCACUACCACUGGCUACACCGUUGCCCGUUGAUUCGAGACAACAAUGGUGGACCGAUCGGGAAGAAUGGAGCAUUCGCUGUGUGUCCGCCCACUCGGAGACCGUCUCGUUGAUGAAAAUUCGUGUCGCGCAUCCGUCUUUCUACGAUUUGUUCGGCAAUCAGUUACAGGUGAAAGCCGUUUUUUCGGACGGAGGCGAAUCGCUGAUCGUCGUUCCCCCGGUGCACGCUUUGGUUACUCCAAUAAUGGCUGCUCAGACCCAGGGAAUCCAGCAAUUGCUCUCCGCCGAAAAGCGCGCUGCCGAGAAAAUCAACGAGGCUCGCAAACGCAAAACACAACGUCUGAAGCAGGCCAAGCAAGAAGCUCAACAAGAAGUUGAGAAGUAUCGUCAGGAACGCGAGAACGAGUUCAAGGCCUUCGAGCAGAAAUACCUUGGCACAAAGGAGGACAUUGAGGCACAAAUUCGCCGGGACACUGAGGCCGAGAUCGACAACAUGAAGCGCACGGUGGCUCAAAACAAGCAGCAGGUGAUCGUUCGUCUGUUGCAAAGAAACUCCACGGACAAUUCUCGUAAAAGGUCACUUCUCCCACCGCUGAUGAACGACGUCACUUGUGUUUAUGGUAGUCCAAAAAAGGCGAUUUUUUUCAAUUCUUUCCUU